AUGGAUGUCAGAGCUCAGUGCCUCAGACUGUUGAUGACCAUCGUGGUCCUGCUGGGUGCACAGGAGCAGUUAGCUGAUGCAGUUUCUCUGAGUAUCGCUCCAAACAAAUCGCAGUUCUUUGAAUAUGAAUCAGUAACAUUUUACUGUGAAGGAGUCGAUUAUUGUCAAAUUGUACAUAAAGUCAAAGGGAAAUUAGAAUCAUGUAGCAACACUAAUAAGAGAACACCAACAGGAUCAUCCUGCAGCAUCAACAAUGUUUAUGCAGAUGAAAGUGGAGAGUACUGGACUGAGACUGAAGGAGGGAAGAGAAGCAACAUUAUCAACAUCAUUGUCACCAAUGGUUCUGUGAUCCUGGAGGUUCCUGCUCUUCCUGUGAUGGAGGGACAAACUGUGACUCUUCACUGCAGAAACAAAAUCGCUUCCUCCAACCUCACAGCUGAUUUCUAUAAAGAUGGACAUCACAUCCACAGAAUCUCCACAGGAAACAUGAACAUCUACAGAGUUUCCAAGUCUGAUGAAGGACUUUACAAGUGCAGCAUCUCAGGAGCUGGAGAAUCACCAGAGAGCUGGCUGAAAGUCACAGACUCAGAAACUGAUCCAGAAGUUCACACAGAGGAGAGCCGUCCCUCCUCUGCAGCCACACCUUGGAUCACUGCCACCAUUUUAUUGAGCGCUCUGUUGAUGACAGCAGUGGGACUCUGUCACUUUGGCAAAGGGUGCUGGGUCCGAGGUGCAGCAUUGCUCUGUCAGUCAGAGGGAGAGGGUUCAGGAUCAGCCGAGGAUCAAACAGAGGCCAACACAGUGACUUAUGCUUCUGUGCGAACAAUCAGUAAAAAGAAAGUGAACCUCAUCAUCACUGAUGUUGCCAUGGUCAUCUGUCUCUCUCCAUCAGAAGAUGAAGGUGGACUUUCCUCUGGACCCAUUUACUACAACUUAGAUCAGAGUGACACUCAACAACAAGAACAGAACCAGGAACCAUCACAGAGCCUAUUGUACACUACAGUAGGUAAGCUGCAUUAA